GUCGUAUCGCGCGUGCCGAAGAAGAAAGGCAAAGUGGAGAUAGCUGCACCACGCAGACAGAUCAACGUGUCAUGGCGCACUACAAAGAUGGCGGAGGGAGGGACAGCAGAAAGAGAGCCCGCGACGAUUUUGACGACGCCCCUCGCCACAAGAGAGGUCGAUACUUCGACCAAGGCUCCUCUGAGAGCGAGUCAACUGAGCAGAAGCUCGAAUCACUCAUCACGAGAGUCGGAGAAAAGGGUAGUAAGACACUGCAGAGCAACCUCCAGGCACUGGCUGAUGUCCUACACACUGAGAUUGGCUCCAGCUCCUCCGUGAAGGACAAAGUCCUGAGGACAAUAUGCUUCUGUGUGACGACACUGACAGAGAAGAUCACCAUCUACUCCACUCUGGUUGCCAUCCUCAAUGCCAGGCAGUACAACUUUGGAGAGGAGUUACUGGAGGUUCUGAUGGAAGACCUGAGGAAUGCUCUGGCACUGCAGGAGAUGGAGAAGGCUAGAAUUCUGGUUCGUUUCCUGGCUGAUCUGGUGAACGCUAAAGUGGUGGCGUCGUCGUCUAUUAUGACACUUUUUGACACCUUCAUCACCGUGACCUACGAACCUGACAUACCCCAUACUCGCUCUGACUGGUACGUCUACAUGAUCCUCUCUGCCCUUCCCUGGGUUGGAAGUGAAGUGAACCAGAGGAAGAAGGUGGAGUUGGAAAGGCUCUUUACUAUACUGGAGACCUACAUGAGUAAGAGGUCGACUGCCUACCUGCCAGCCAUUCAAGUAUGGACGACGGAUCAACCUCACCCCCAGAAAGAUUACUUGGAGAUGCUGUGGAUUCAGACUAAGAACAUGAAAGACAACGAGUGGAAGGAACACAUUCUAUUGAGACCGUACACUCACUUUGACUCCGAGAUUGGCGGAGCUUACUCGCACACUCUGCCCACACUGAAUGUUCCCAACCACACGGAGGAGUCACUCUAUCCGUUGCCUCACUCAGUGUUCAGAGUCUACGAGACUUCAGACCUCCAGUAUGCUCCUCCUGGCUAUAUCCUGCCUCCAUUUGACUCCAUGGACCGUUACCUAGCAGAGGAGACCGUCAGAUGUAUCGUACAGUCACACCACACCAACAGGAAGGAAUGUGUGAGUGCUCUGCUGGUGUUUGGAAAGGGAGUUGAUCGAAUCAGACUUCCUGCCGAAUAUGUCAUCACUGAGGUGCUGUUUGAACUACUGUUCAAGUUGCCAUCUCCCCCACAAGUCCCAGUCUGCUAUGGCUCUCUCCUCAUUGAGCUGUGCAAGGCCGACCCUGCCACCUUCCCUCAGAUUCUGACACAGACUACCGACUUGCUCUACAACAGACUGGACAAGAUGAACACCGUCUGUGUUGGCAGGUUCUCCCAGUGGUUUGCCUAUCAUCUCAGCAACUUCAAGUACCAGUGGGACUGGUCGUCAUGGUCCAACUGUCUGAGUGGUCCUCCCGAUGGUCCCGGCAUUCAGUUCAUCACCAGAGUCUUUGAGAAGUGUGCCAGAUUGGGAUGUUACGAUGUAUUUAGUGAGCUGAUCCAACCUCCCUUCUCCACUCUCCUGCCUCCUGAACCUCUCCCUGUCUUCAAGUAUACUCUGGAGGAAGAUGAAUUCGUCACCCCACUCCCAGAGUGCACCGUGGCAACUCAGCUGCUGGAGGCCAUCAAAGAGAAGAAAGAGAAGAAGACAUUUGAGCAUCUGACCUCAAUCCUUGACACUCUAUCUUCUGUCCAGCCGGAGCUGGAAAAUGACAGAGACAAGUUGUGUGAUGCGAAGGUAUCUCUGCUGACUCACUGUGUCCUUCACGUCAGCUCUAAGACCAUCAGUCACAGCUUCAUGGCUCUGCACAAGUUCCGUCCUCUCUUCUUGGAGCUGGCAAAGACAGACGAGACCAAACUGGCAGUUCUCAAAGCUCUCGCAGAAUUCUACACCAACAACCCACAGGUGCAUGCCAUCAUUCUGGACAAACUCAUACGCAGUCAGGUUGUGGAUGCCAUGGUAGUUGUCAACUGGCUGUUCCUCCCCACCACUGUCCAGGACUUCCACAAACAGUAUGUUUGGGACAUUCUGGAGUCAACGGUCCAAAAGACUAACGCUGCCUACCACUCGGCCACCAAGGAACUGGCUGAGACCAAAGACAAACUGACUAAGGUGUCCCAUCUGGAUGAGGUGGCCAUGGGUAGUGAGGAGAGACAGGAACUGGAGGCCAAGAUUGAUGAACUGGAGGACAGGGUGGAUGAGAGUGAGAAGAUGCAGAAGGAUGUGUACCUGAGUCUGUGCCAGAGGUUCAUCUCUCUACUGGGAGACCACCUGGCCCGCUGUGACCAGCAGGGCUCAGACUAUGAGUCCCCGUGGUUCCAGUCAACUCUCGACAACUUCAGACAACUACUAAUCAAGAACUACACACAGCUGGGUCAGUACACCACCCUACUAGAGAGCCUUGCCUUCACUCCUAACGUCGACUACAGAGUUCUGGAAAUAUUCCAACAGUUUCAGGCUGUACUCUGACCUCUAGACAAUGUUGCCACUCCCACCACUCAAUUUCUCUUUCCUACACCACCACACUCAGAACUUUUUGACACUCUCUGAGAACUUGCUUUUAUACACAAACAAACACUUAUGUACGCACAUAGAUAUGUAACAUGUUGACAUGACAGUAUGAUGAUGCAAUAUUAACGGUAACCAAGUCCUGUACAUCAUGUGCUGAAGUCUAUUAUAUACACAUACUGUGAUCAAUGCUCAUCAUCCCCACCACUGAAGUCACUGUGUGGUGACAGUGGGACCAGAAAUGAGUCGUUCUCACCAAAUAAACCAUUUCCACUGGAGCUGAGUCGGUGCUUCUCAACCACCCAUUUCAGUGACUGGUUGAGUGGUGAAGAUGGAGUAGAAUGGCUGGUAGAGUGACUUCCUGAUAUUUCCAGUGGCCUCCACUCUCUAUCAUCAUCAUCGUCAUUAGCAGGAAGAUGAGCAGGAAGAUGAGGGGAGGGAAGAGGUAGAUUAGAAGAGGAUGGAACGUGAGAAGAAGGAAUUGGAAGAUGAGUUGGUGGAGAAGGAAGAUAGGGAUGAGAAGGAGAGGGAAGAUGAGAAUGAGGAGGGAGAGAAGGAGAGGGAAGAUGAGAAUGAGGAGGGAGAGAAGGAGAGGAAAAGUCUAUCAACUGAGCUCCACUGCUGACAGGAGAGCUUGUCUGCCAUGUGCUGGUAAGACAAGAGGCAGAGACCAACGAAGACUCAUGGGGUGAGGAUUGUAUCUGAGCUCCGAGUUGGAUUCCAAUGGGUUUCAGUUCAGAGUGAUGUUCCACUACUGACUUGUUCCCACCUUCAGCUAGCUCACCAGAGGACUCAAGUAGAGAAGAUUUGCACACUUCUUGCAGGGAGCCAACAUGAGCUGGGCCAGUUGAACCUUGAUCUGGGCCAAUCACAAUGUGAGCUGGGCCCGUUGAACCUUGACCUGGGCUUUUCCCAACGAGAGAUUGGCCAGUUGAACCUUGACCUGUCACAGGAGAGCUGAAAGUCAUCAGAUCAGAAGAGGGUCCAGCCAGAGAGAAGGUAGAAGGAGAGACGAGAAUGUGGGUCGAGGAUGAUAGCAAGGGAAGGACGGACGGUGAUACGUUGAUCAAAGGCGACAUAUCUUUGGUC